UUAUGAGUGUGGGUUGGAGGGUGUGUUUGGUAUUGUGAGUGCCCCCAGCAUAUAAAGGAACUGAGAGUGAGAGGAAAGCACGAGGAAGGACGAAGGGAAGUUUAAUAGGGAUGUUUUGCAAGUUCAUGCUCAUGCAUUGAAAUCUGAAAAGAAUCCUCACUUUCAUUCAUUUGGACUGACUAACGUACAUACUAAAGGGGGCAGCUCACUCUGAUAGGGGGAACAAGGACACGCAUAAGCGGAAAAACAAAGCCAAGAUGGCCCUUGUUGAGGAAACUUCAGUGAAGGUGGCGUUGGAAACUGAAGCAUCACCUGAUGUACCUGAGGGUAAGACUGACUACCCCUUCACGGCCAGCAACAGUAUCUAUACUGCCAUUUUGAGCAGAAACGAGGCCGUCAAAGAUGCCAAGCGCCUGAAGAACUUCUUGGAGUUGCGAGACAAAUACGUACACAAGAAAGUCCUGUUUGAAGACCCUUUGUUCCCACCCAAUGAUUCCUCUCUUUGGUACAGCAGCAAAUUUCCCAUUGAAUUUGAGUGGAAGCGCCCAACGGAAAUCUGUGACAACCCCCAGUUCAUCAUAGACGGAGCUAGUAGGACAGACAUCUGUCAAGGAGAGCUGGGUGACUGCUGGCUGCUUGCUGCUAUUGCCUGUCUGACACUGAAUGACAAGCUGCUGUACAGAGUUAUCCCAUCAGACCAGAGUUUCACAGAGAACUACGCUGGUAUCUUCCAUUUCCAGUUCUGGCGUUAUGGCGAAUGGGUGGACGUCGUGGUGGACGACCGUAUCCCCACCUCCAAUAACCAGCUGGUGUUCACCAAGUCCUUCAGGAAGAACGAGUUCUGGAGCGCUCUGCUGGAGAAGGCUUACGCCAAGUUGCACGGUUCCUACGAGGCCCUGAAAGGUGGCAACACCCUGGAGGCCAUGGAGGACUUCACUGGGGGUGUGACAGAGUUCUUUGAGAUGUCCGAGGCUCCAAAAGAACUCUACAAGAUCAUGAAGAAAGCCCUGGAGAGAGGCUCUCUGAUGGGCUGUUCCAUAGACGCCUUGCUGCCGAGUCACUGUGAGACUGAAACUGCGAAUGGACUGGUCAGAGGCCACGCCUACUCUAUCACUGCACUAGAGGAGUGUGACAAGCUUAAGGUUACCAAGGAUACCAAGAUUCGCCUAGUUCAAAUGCGGAACCCCUGGGGAAUGGUGCUAUGGAAAGGGCCGUGGAAUGCCAAGUCCAAAGAAUGGUCCACCAUCUCCAGCUCAGACAAGGCCAGGCUGAAGAAGAAGACGGUUGAGACGAGCGAGACUUGGAUAUCCUUUGAGGACUUCAAAAAUAACUUCACCAAGCUGGAGAUCUGUAACCUGACCCCUGACACACUUCUGGACGACAGGUCCCAUAGCUGGACGGUGGCGGUCAACGAGGGCCGCUGGGUACGAGGCAGCUCCGCCGGAGGCUGCAGGAACUUCCCAGACACGUUCUGGACCAACCCGCAGUACCGCAUGCGUCUGUAUGAGGAGGACGACGACCCCGACGACCCCGAGCAUGUGGCGUGCACCGUCAUGGUGGCCCUGAUGCAGAAGGGCCGGAGGAAAGACCGCAGCAAGGGUGCCAAGCUUUACACCAUCGGAUUCUCCAUCUACGAGGUGCCCAAAGAGAUGAUUGGGAGCCAGCAGCACCUGCAGAAAGACUUCUUCCUUUACAAUGCCUCCAAGGCCAAAUGCAAGUCCUACAUCAACCUGCGUGAGGUGAGCGAGCGAUUUUGCCUGCCCCCCGGGGAGUACGUGAUCAUCCCUUCGACCUUUGACCCCCACGAGGAGGGAGAGUUUAUCCUCAGAGUCUUCUCCGAGAAGAACAGCACCUCAGAGGAAACCGAAAAUACAAUUAGGUCAGACCAAAUAGAGCAAGGCAAAAACAGGACAAAGAAAGGAAAGCCCAUCGUGUUUGUAUCAGACAGAGCGAAGGCCAACAAGGAGAUUGAGCAAGAUGACAUCGAGGUUCAGAAGGAGAAGAAAGAGAAACCAAAACCACAGCAACCGGAUGAGGAGAGCGGAGAACACAAAAUGUUCAGGGCCAUUUACCAGCAGAUUGCUGGGGAGGACAUGCAGAUCUGUGCCAACGAGCUCAAGGUGGUCAUGAAAAGGGUACUGGAAAAACAUAAUGACAUGAAGACGGACGGCUUCAGCUUAGAGAGUUGCCGGAGCAUGAUCGCUUUGAUGGAUACGGACGGCACAGGAAAACUGAACCUGCAGGAGUUCAAACACCUGUGGAGUAAGAUCAAAGCCUGGCAGCUGAUCUUCAAGAAGUAUGACAAGGACAAAUCCAGCACCAUCAGCAGUUUUGAGAUGAGGAACGCAGUCAAUGACGCAGGGUUCCGCUUAAACAACCAGCUGUAUGACAUCAUCACGAUGCGCUACGCUGACGAGCACCUCAACAUCGACUUUGACAGCUUCAUCUGCUGCUUCGUCAGGCUAGAAGGCAUGUUCAGGACGUUCCAUGCCUUUGACAAAAACGGAGACGGCACAAUUAAGCUCAACGUCCUCGAGUGGCUCCAGUUGACCAUGUAUGCUUAGAUCACCCAGCCAUCAGAGUCCUGCUCUCUGGUCUAACCUCAGCCAUGCUUCUACCAGCAUCGCUUAGAUCACCCAGCCAUCAGAGGAGUCCUGCUCUCUGGUCUACCCUCAGCCAUGCUUCUACCAACAUCGCCUUCCUCUACCUCAGCCAAUUCCCCAUGUUCUCUCUCUCCCAUGUUCUCUCUCUGACUAGACAUUGCCAUUACUCUCAUUCUAGCAUAGAAAACAAAUUAAAUGCAAUGGUGAUAUAUCAUUUGUGCAGCGUGACUGCAGAAAAUAUCUCACAACGACAAGAGAAGUGUGUAAUGUCUCAAGAAAGUACAUUAACACGAUGUAGCGAUCUUCUAAGACACACAGGUUGGCUGGAGAGAAAGACCACCUGGAAUGUCAACUUUGACUUGUGAGAGGUAUCACCCUGGCAGCACCGAGGGACUUGAAUGGGGAACACUUGCUCCAGUACAUUUGGUUAGUGCUUUAAACUACAAGCCUUCAAGUGUUAUUGCCUGUCCUUAAAGGGGAAGGUUUUAGAACGCCAGCUCACUGUAAAUAACAUGUUUAGCAUUAGUGGAUUGAAUACAUAUCAUUGCUUAGCUUUACUUCCUGAAGUGUUUCCAUUCCCCUUUAAGUCAUUGGUGGUAACUACAUUACAAGAUCAAUGUUGUGUUCCUGUAAGUCUCUGUGAUAAUAUCAUGUGGAUACUCAGAUCUCGAGAGACAGUGAUGACGUUGUUGGACUGGAUUGUUUCAGAAGCAUUUUUUCUUCUUCUUCCAUUAAAUUCAAACUUUUA